AAAAGUUCGUUCCUGUCAACUGUAAUAUGAAAAAUGAGCUUUCCCGCCUCUCUAACACUUCACUCUCAACCACCAUUUUCCCCACACCAUAAUCAAAAUCAACCCUUUACAAAUCACGCAAUUCUCAUCAAUAAUCAAACCCCAAAUCACCAUUUCUCCAUCAAACAAUCCCCUAUCUACAAGCCCCACGAUGUCGAUCUCACCGCCUCAUGGACUUCAUCGAUAUCUCACCAUUGUCGUGCCAAUCGCUUAUCGGAAGCUGCAGCAGAGUUUACUGCAAUGAGAGUAGCUGGGGUUGAGCCUAAUGAGAUAACUUUCGUUACGCUUCUCUCGGGCUGUGCUCAAUUGCCCUCAGAAUCGCUGCAUUUUGGGAUAUGUGUUCAUGGGCUGGCCCGAAAACUCGGGUUUGAUGUUGGGAGCGUUAAGGUGGGGACGGCCAUUGUGAAUUUGUAUGCGAAAUGUGGGAGGGUGGAUCUUGCUCGAGUGAGUUUUGAUGAGAUGGGUGUCAAAAAUAAGGUUUCUUGGAAUAGUAUGAUUGAUGGGUAUAUGAGGAAUGGCGAGUUCGAGGAAGCGGUGAAGGUGUUUGAUGAAAUGCCUGAUAGGGAUGUGAUUUCAUAUACCAUUAUGAUUGAUGGGUUUGUUAAGAAAGGCUAUUUUGAGCAAGGUUUGAAGUGGUUUCAAGAAAUGCAGAUUGAUGGUGUUGAGCCUGAUUAUGUGACGAUUAGUUGUGUACUAUCGGCUUGUGCUAACUUGGGAGCAUUAGGUUUAGGCUUGUGGAUACAUCGGUUUGUUACAAAGAAGGUUUUUAGAGAUAUUAUUCGGGUUCAUAAUUCGCUGAUAGACAUGUAUGCGAGAUGUGGGUGUAUCGAAUUUGCUCAUCAAGUUUUCAAGAGCAUGCCUAAGCGAAGUGUGGUUACUUGGAAUUCUAUCAUAGUUGGUUUUGCACUAAACGGAAAUCCAGAGGAGGCUCUUGAAUAUUUCAGUUUAAUGCGGAAGGAUGGAUUUGAGCCAGAUGGAGUAACGUUUACUGGCGCUCUCACAGCGUGUAGCCACACUGGUUUGGUUGAUGAAGGGAUCAAAUUAUUCGAAACUAUGAAGAGGGUUUACAGAAUUGUUCCAAGAAUAGAGCAUUAUGGUUGCUUAGUUGAUCUGUAUAGCCGUGCAGGGCGGUUAGAAGAAGCAUUGCAUGUCAUAGAAAACAUGCCUAUGAAACCAAAUGAAGUAAUAAUAGGAUCUCUUCUAGCUGCAUGCAGGACUAAAGGAGAUGUUGCCCUGGCUGAAAGACUGAUAAAUUACCUUAUGGAGUUGGGCUCAAGGACUGAUUCGAAUUAUGUCCUUGUGUCGAAUAUAUAUGCUGCAAUUGGGAGCUGGCGAAGCGCAGGCAACAUGAGAAGGAAAAUGAAGGCUCGUGGGAUACAGAAAAGGCCCGGAGUUAGUUCAAUUGAAAUCGAUUGCACUGUACAUGAAUUUGUGGCUGGUGACAGAUCACACACAGAUGCAAAGAUAGUUUAUGAAAUGCUAGGGCUUUUGUCUUUUGAGCUUAGAAUGUUAGGCUAUGUUCCUGAAACUUUUUCAUUGAGUGAACAAUAAACAUGAUUAGAUGGUAUAUGAACUGAAGGUAACUGAGACCUGUCAACAAUAUGUUACUAGCAAAGGUUGUGAAGUAUGAAUCUCAACCUUUUCGAUUGUAAUUGUUACUCUAAAUCUUUCAAAGGUACAAGAUUGCCUAUCAAA